GCAGCACGGCCACACUCUGUAAUAAGCAAGCAACAGACAGUUUCCAGGAAUGUAACCAGAAUGUAAACAGUGCUCAGGUGCUAGCUGACGGUUGUUGACUUCAAAUUAACUUUGAUACCGUCUCUAGACACAGGUAUGGCUUCCAGGUAGAUCCCCCUCGAGCUUGAGAUGGCACCGUUUUACUGAUUCCUCUGAUCGUCGUCUCCUUCUUCCUCUUGCCGUUUUGACUGCAUGCAUGAUAAAUAACCUGUCAACAUGACCAAAGACAUCGUUGUUGGAGAUGAAUUACCAGACUGGGUCGGGGCCAAAGAGUUCUACCAGAAAUAUGAUCCCAAGGAGGUGAUUGGCAGGGGUGUGAGCAGUGUGGUACGCAGGUGUGUGCACAGACACACGGGUCAGGAGCUGGCGGUGAAGAUUAUCGAGAUCACGGCGGAGAAGAUGACCGUUCAGCAGCUGGAGGAGGUGAAAACCUCUACGCUGAAGGAGAUCCAAGUCCUCAACAUGGUGAAGGGACACUCCUCAAUCAUUACUCUGAUUGAUUCCUACGAGUCCACAACCUUUAUAUUUUUGGUGUUUGACCUCAUGAGGCGAGGAGAACUGUUUGACUACCUCACAGAAAAAGUUACUUUAAGUGAGAAGGAAACCAGGAGUAUGAUGCGCGCUCUGCUGGAGGCCGUGCAGUACCUCCACUCCCUCAACAUCGUCCACAGAGACUUGAAACCUGAGAAUAUUCUGCUGGAUGAUCAGGGACACAUCAAACUGUCUGACUUUGGUUUCUCAGUGCAGCUACAGCCUGGAGAGAAACUCAGAGAGCUUUGUGGGACACCUGGUUAUUUGGCCCCUGAAAUAUUGAAAUGUUCGAUGGAUGAAAUGCACACAGGCUAUGGCCAAGAGGUUGAUCUGUGGGCAUGUGGAGUGAUCCUUUUCACCUUACUGGCCGGCUCGCCACCAUUCUGGCAUCGCAAACAGAUGCUAAUGCUGAGGAUGAUCAUGGAGGGUCGCUUUCAGUUCAGCUCUCCAGAGUGGGAUGACAGGUCUGACACUGUGAAGGACCUGAUAUCCAGACUAAUGGUGGUGGAACCAGCUGCCCGUCUCACUGCAGAGCAGGCCUUAGGACAUCCUUUCUUCAGACUGUAUCAGAAGGAGGAUGUGCGGCUGUUCAGUCCCAGAAAGACAUUUAGGGUGUUGAUAGUCACUGUGCUGGCCUGUAUCAGGAUAUACAGCCAGUACCGCAGGGCUCGUCCACUGACUCGUGAGGUGCUGGCCAGAGAUCCCUACUCCCUUCGCGGUGUCCGCAAACUCAUCGAUGGCUGCGCCUUCCGCAUCUACGGGCACUGGGUGAAGAAAGGGGAGCAACAGAACCGAGCUGCCCUCUUUCAGAACACAGCUAAGAUUAUGCUGCUGGACCUGGAGGACUUUGAAACAUAAAAGCUCAUUCUUAACCACAAUGAUUUAUAUUUAAACAUUUGCAUGUGUUGUCAUGUCUGUGUCUGUCUCAUUGCAUUACUGUGUUUUAAUUUUAAGACGGUGAAUUCAGGGACCGGGAUAUUUUUAUGCCUUCAUGCGUGCUGUGGUUCUUCAACUUAAAGAUAAGCAUGUAUAACUUCACAUUCCUUAUCUACACUCUGAUCCAAGUUUGUGGCUGUUUGAAACUAUUCUCAUCAGGUCAUCAUGUUUUCAGUCCUACUUCCCUGUAGAGAUACAUUGCACAAUCGUUUGAUAAAACACAUCACAUACAAGUAUUAGUAUUAUGUAUAUUUAGGAUGCAUUUCUAAGCACUGUGUGGCUGAAGAGAACAUAAAGCACUGUGAUUAAUUAUUUAAUAGCUGUUUAUGUAUGAGGUUCAGAUAUACAGAUAUAACGGCGUUACAAAUUGGUACCAGGAGAUGUAGAGAAUCUUGUGGCUGUCAUGCAUGCACACAUUCCUCGAUAGGAAACUCGCAUUAACUGUGAAGACCGUCUGUGACUGUAUUUCCUAUUAAAACUAACCAAACACCAUUCCAUACUCAGUUCAAACUUCAGUUUAAUGAGUGGUACUUUUCCUGAAAGUGCCUGUCUGAGAAAUGUGCAGUAAUUGUACAAAAACAGAUAUAUAUUGUACUGUAUGUGGAAAAAAAAAGGUUUUAUUGAUAAUAAAACUAAUGUUUAAGUUUG